AUGGCGGCCCAGCUCAUCAUGCCUUCUGUACCGGGUGCUCAGCAACAGUCCCGGCACUUUCUGCCAAACAGCGGGCGCCCUCGUGGCCACAACCGCUCGCAGUCCUUCCAGCUGCCCCCAGGACCUCAGCUGUCGCCAAACAGCUCAAACGGCUUCCAUGAGCACCCCCUUUCGACACCGCCGUCGCCCAAGGCUCAUCACGCCACCCAUGUACGGCCCGUCUACAUGCCGGCUGCCUUGCGACCAAACGACGAGUUCCCACAACGACCCUUGACCAAGUCAAGAUCUGGCGACUCGAGCUCCGACUCUGGCUCCGACGUGACGCUGCGCCGCUCCAACACUGGCUUCAUGAGCCUCAGCGGCAUCGUCGGCCAGCGCAUGGGCCGUCGCGCCAGCGAGAGCGGCAAGAGCAGCAUCGAUGGCGAGUGGAAUCUCGAUCUCUUCCCCGACGUCACGGAGCCACCAACGCGCAAGCACUGGAAGCCCGACACCGAAUCCACCAUCUGCGACGACCCGACGUGCAAACGCAAUUUCAGCUACUUUGUCCGGCGGCACCACUGCCGCAAAUGUGGCAACAUCUUUUGCGACUGGCACUCGAGCUAUGCGCUUCCGCUCGACCAGAACGCAAACUUCAACCCACGCGCCAUCCCGUCACGCACGUGCAACCACUGCUUCGAGCAGUUCAAGACAUGGCACAGCCGCGAGAGCAGCCUAGUGUCCAGCCCAGCAUCCUCGGAUGCCCAUCGCACAGUCCCUUCCACACCCAUCGCUCUGCAGCCAGCGACGCCGUUUGGCCUGCCCCAGGGCCCCGAGAUUCCGGCCAGCGUCCCGCGAGACUGGAACUGGAGCACCUUUUAA